CCUAUCGGCCAUUGGCCGCUUGCGUGGCCCGAACUCAAAACAUGGAUCCAAAUGAAAGUAGAGUGUGCUCGUGUAGCCUGGGUGCUUCUUCGAGUCUGAGUCUUGCUUGCGAGGACCUGGAAAUGGCAGGUGCAGCUACGAAGGUUUGCGUGACUGGUGCUGGAGGCUUUAUCGCGUCUUGGCUCGUUAAGCUUCUUCUUUCCAAGGGCUAUUUUGUUCACGGCACCGUCAGAGAACCUGGUAAUCAGAAGUACGAUCACUUGCUUAAAUUCGAGGGAGCUUCUGGGAACCUUAAGUUCUUCAAGGCUGACCUCUUAGAUUACGAGUCUCUUUCUUCGGCGAUUGCUGGAUGCAGAGCAGUUUUCCAUGUUGCUUGUCCUGUGCCCUCCACAAUUGUACCCAAUCCUGAGGCAAGGUCUUCCUGGGUUUCAAAUAAGCUGAAUCUUACUGUUUGUUCUUCUAGAUUGUUCAGGCAAAUUUUUUAUAGUUUUCUACAGGUAGAAGUUAUUGAGCCUUCUGUGAAGGGCACUGCUAAUGUCCUCAAAGCUUGUCUUGAAGCAAAAGUGGAACGGGUUGUCUUUGUAUCCAGUCAAGGCGCUGUUUCCAGGAACCCCAACUUGCCCAAGGAUGGAGUAAUUGAUGAGUCCUGUUGGUCUGAUAAAGAUUGGUGCAGAAGAACUAAGAACUGGUAUUGUUAUUCCAAGACAGAGGCAGAGAUGCAGGCCUUGGAAUUUGCCAGAAACACAGGGCUUCCAGUGGUAACUAUUUGUCCUACCCUGGUGUUGGGGCCAAUUUUACAGUCAACCACUGUCAAUGCAAGUAGUUUGGUUCUCCUCAAACUAUGUAAAGGUCCUGAGUCACUGGAGAAUAAACAUCGGUGGAUAGUAGAUGUGCGUGAUGUAGCCGAUGCAACACUAAUGGCUUAUGAGAAGCCUGAAGCAGAAGGGAGAUACAUAUGCACUGCACAUUCUAUCAACACAGAUGAAUUGGUGGAGAAAUUAAGACGAUUAUAUCCUAACUAUAGCUACCCUAAAAGCUUUAUUGAAGUAGAUGAUCGCAUAAGGUUAAGCUCAGAGAAACUGCAGAGGUUGGGUUGGAGAUACAGGCCACUGGAAGAAACACUAGUUGAUUCUGUUGAGAGCUAUAAGGCCGCAGGGCUUCUGGAAUCAAAAUAACUUUGAUUCUCUCUGUAGCGGACGCACUUUGACUUCGGAACCAAUUUGGAUCCUUUGAAACUAGUUGUUAUUUAUAUUAUUAAUAUGUAUGGAACUAACAAAUUCUAAACUAAAAUGUCGAAAUUUUAAUUUAUGAAAUAUAAUUUUAUUUCAAAAUAACAAAUUAUAAAAUAAAAUCAUGUUUAAAUUUUAAUUUA